GGUGGGACUGGUGGUGAGCGAUCACUGGAGAGAUGGGAUAAGACCCACACAAGGGCCACAAACCCUUCCAGGCACCCUUGCCAGGAAACACCUUAGCUUCGCCUCGUAUGAAUCUCAUCGGAUCAGUAGGCUCCACAGGAAAUAUGCUCAAAGUAACAGUGAAAGAAAACCAUAUCUGUGUCCCCAUUGUCCAUUUAAGGCAUCUCAGCGUUACCUGCUGAAAAACCAUAUGCGCACACACACAGGGGAGAGACCUUUUUCAUGCUACCUAUGUUCACAGAGCUUUGCCUCGAGAGGUACGCUAAAAACCCAUAUAAUGACCCACACAGGAGAAAAACCUCAUUCAUGCCACCUCUGCCCAAUGACUUUUGCACGUGGCAGUACUCUAAAGUCCCAUAUUAUGACUCAUACAGGAGAAAAACCUUAUUCUUGUGAAUAUUGUUCAUAUAGGUGCACACAAAAGAGUGAUCUAAAGAAGCACAUAAACACACACAAUAAAUAGUCAAUUUUGAAAUUGUUUCGUGUAUAUUUUGUUUGAUUUCUUCUGGAACUGUUUGACUUAGUGUAAUGGUUAGUUAGAAGUGGAGACAGGAGAGAGAUGGGACUGAUAUGAUUUUUCAAAAUCUGCAUCAUACCCUCAUACUGCUUGUAAUAAUGCCAAUGUAUACUUAUAAUAAAACAUGUAGUUAUUCAAG